UGUCAGAGCUGUCAGUGUGCGGAAGAGAGCGUUCACCGGCGCAUCCACUUGUUGACUUGGGUUCACGACAGAGUUCAGGGUUACUGUACGCUAUUUAAAGAGGGAGGCAACAUGGCACACGGUUUAGUCAAACGGGAAUCGGUCGAGAGUGAGAUGCAUAAAUCCGAAGACCAAAGUAAGACCUUUGUUUACACGAAGAAGAGGGGGUAUGACGUUACACGUAACCCCUACCUGAACAAGGGCAUGGCCUUCUCCCUGGAGGAACGUCUCCAGCUGGGGAUCCACGGCCUGCUGCCUCCCUGCUUCCUCAGCCAAGACGUACAGCUCCUCCGGGUCCUCAAGAACUACGAGAUGAAGAGGGACGACUUGGACAGAUAUGUGUUUCUGAUGGGGCUCCAGGACAGGAAUGAGAAGCUGUUCUACCGUGUGCUGACGUCCGACACGGAGAGGUUCAUGCCUAUCGUCUACACCCCCACCGUGGGCCUGGCCUGCCAGAUGUAUGGCCUUGCCUUCAGGAGACCCAGGUGA